AUGCUUUCGGGUGGAGUGGAUGAAGAAUCCAAACAACACUCCAAUCAAGCUCGCACAGAUCAUUCCGAUGAGUUGAAACAAUUGAAUCAGAGUUCUCUUGAAAGACUCCAAAAUUCUUUGAAAUCUUCUGGAGAAUUGGAAUAUCAUUUCAAGAUCAUCAUCAACAACACGAACGAGAAAGCCCAUACAAUCCAACUGCAACUACUGAAAGGAAGUAUUGUAGAUUUACCCUUCCGAGUGGAUGCUAUCGUGAAUGCUGCCAAUGAAAGCCUCACGGGAGGAGGUGGCAUUGAUCAAUUAAUUCAUUCCAAAGCAGGUCCUGGUCUUGCUAAAGAAUGUAUUGAAAGAUAUUCUGGAAGUCUUUCCGCCGAGUAUCCAACACUGAGGUGUUCCACUGGUCAUGCUGUCAUUACUCACUCUCACCAAUUAUCAACCAACAACGAGCACAAUGGAUGUGAUUAUAUUAUUCAUACAGUAGGUCCCUACCUUGAUGAGCAAGGACAUCCACAACCCAAGCUUUUGAAAAGUUGUUAUGAAAAAUCGUUAGAUUUGAUGAGGCAAUAUGGUCUUAAAUCGAUUGCUUUCCCUUGCAUUUCAACAGGGUUCUAUGGUUAUCCCAUGGAGGAGGCUUGUCAUUUGGCUUUGGAUACUUGUGUACAAUGGUUGAAAGACCACAAGGAGCACAUGCUUGCUUUGGAGCGUAUUGUAUUCGUUGUUUACAAUGACACGGAAUUUGAGAUUUACAAAAUCAUAUUCCAACAAAAAUUCUCUGCCACUGUUCAAAAAAAUUUGUAG